GAAUUUGAAACUGGAGCAUGAGCAGGAGAAAAACAAGAUCUUGUCAGAAGCAUUAGAGACGCUAGCUACCGAACACCAUGAACUAGAGCAGUCUCUGGUUAAGGGAUCUCCGCCUCUCAGCAUCAUCAGUGAAGAGCAGUUCUAUGAUGCUGUUUCAGAUUCAGAAUCUGAAAAGUCAUUAAGUGGUUUUGAAACAACAGCCUACUCAUUAGAGGACAGCAUGGAUUCAAAAGAUACAAUAACUUCAAGCAUGUCUGAAGAAAAGGUUUGUGGCAGUGGGGAGUCGCUGUCUAACGGAAUCAAAAAACACAGAACAAGCUUGCCGUCCCCGAUGUUUUCCAGAAAUGACUUCAGUAUCUGGAGUAUCUUAAGAAAAUGCAUUGGAAUGGAGCUGUCGAAGAUCACAAUGCCAGUUAUAUUCAAUGAGCCACUGAGCUUUCUGCAGCGACUCACGGAGUACAUGGAGCACACGUACCUCAUCCACAAAGCCAGCUCGCUUUCCAGCACAACUGAGCGAAUGCAGUGUGUUGCUGCAUUUGCCGUGUCUGCUGUAGCUUCACAGUGGGAACGUACAGGGAAGCCAUUCAACCCACUGCUUGGAGAGACAUAUGAAUUGAUCAGAGAUGAUCUGGGGUUUAGACUUCUCUCAGAGCAAGUUAGCCAUCAUCCACCAAUCAGUGCUUUCUAUGCUGAAGGUUUAAAUAAUGAUUUUGUGUUUCAUGGAUCAAUUUACCCUAAACUCAAAUUCUGGGGCAAGAGUGUGGAAGCUGAACCAAAAGGCACAAUGACUUUGGAGCUUCUUGAGCACAAUGAAGCCUACACAUGGAUAAAUCCUACAUGCUGUGUGCAUAACAUUAUUGUGGGCAAACUUUGGAUUGAGCAGUAUGGAAACGUGGAAAUAACUAACCAUAAAACUGGUGAGAAAUGUGUACUAAGCUUCAAGCCCUGCGGCCUCUUUGGGAAGGAGUUGCAUAAAGUUGAAGGCUACAUUCAGGACAAAAGCAAGAAGAAACUUUGUGCACUGUAUGGGAAGUGGACUGAGUGUUUGUACAGUGUUGACCCAGCUACAUUUGAAGCUUACAAAAAAAAUGACAAGAAAAAUACAGAAGAGAAGAAAAGCAGUAAACAGGUGGGCAAUACUGAGGAACCAGAUGAGAUGCCAUUGCCAGAUUCUGAGAGUGUGUAUGUUAUUCCUGGAAGUAUUUUGCUAUGGAAGAUAACUCCAAGACCUCCAAAUUCAGCACAGAUGUAUAAUUUUACUAGCUUUGCUAUGGCUUUGAAUGAGUUGGACAAAGAAAUGGAGAAUGUCAUUCCCAAAACUGACUGCCGGCUACGACCAGAUAUCAGAGCCAUGGAAAAUGGAGAAAUAGAUCUAGCUAGUGAAGAAAAGAAGAGGCUAGAAGAAAAACAAAGGACUGCCCGCAAAAAUCGUUCGAAGUCAGAGGAAGACUGGAAGACGAGUCACCCAUCAUCCCCGAGUCCCAGAUGGUUCCACCAAGGCCCCAAUCCCUAUACUGGUACGCAGGACUGGCUUUAUUCUGGCAACUACUGGGACAGAAACUACUUUAACUUGCCUGAUAUUUAUUAAAAUGCAAUAAGGAGCCUGUGACUGAUACAAAUAUGUCUUAAUCUGUUUUAAUGUCUUCCCUUGUUUUACUUAUCUCCUGAAAAAACUGACAUGUUAUCAAACACAAUAUUAAGCAUCUCCACAGUAAAUCUGGUGGUACCUGAUCUGCAGUCCCAUAGGUAGCAGAAUAAUUUUUCUGGCUGAUGGUUGGUCCUGUGUGGAAAAAGUAAGCCGCCGUGGUGUCGAGCUGCCCUGUUUGCUGUAUACACCUAUAUUAG